CUCUGACGCUCUGACGCUGCUUCGGUUGUACGGAGAUUAAAUGUCUCACAGCGAGUUUGACAAAUCCCGGGUUCUAAAAGUCUGGAUCGCGCUAAAGAGGCUCGACAAAAACGAUGACAGAGUGGUGGCUCUUCGGGAAGUGUCCAUUCCUCCAGCGGCUGAUGUCACCCUGAUCAGACAGAUCAUCAUGUCCACCUUUGGUAUGAACUCUUCUGACUUAAUAUUCAAGAUAAGGAACCAGCGCAGCUGUCUGAUCCCGCUGAACAGCUUCAUACCUGCUAACAGCAAACACAUGCCGUAUGUGCUCGAGGUGUCCAAGAUCUUUCAGCAUGUGUUUCCAAGGCCUAAAAUCAUUCCCACGACCAUGAUCAACAAGACCAUGAAGACCAGACUACAGCAUAUAGACGCGAGGAUUCAAAGACUGGACGAUCUUCUGCCUCAAAUCGAUCUCAGGCGCAAUGAAAAACUUGCCCAGGAGAUUGAAUGUCUUAACCAGAAGCUGGGGUUUCUUCAAAAGAGAAUGCAGGUGGCAGAUUCUCACAGCUGGAAGGGGACGCUGACCAGAGCCCCUCUGUGGUAAACCAGGGCUCACAUUAACAGCUGUUUUAUCCUCAGGGCUGUAGGUUCACUCACCACUGCAGGUUUCAUUAUGUCACUGUGUGAAGAGGGUGUGUGUGUCUGAUGUAGCUCGUGUUGUACGACCUGACUAAUAUUGUGAUAAAGUGCCACAUUUGAGGUUUUAGAGACGAUAUUAGCUGCAGAGACCACAUUAUGUUCCACUGGCUCCCUGUCCAAAUACCAUAUCUAGAACAAACUCCUCCUCAUCCCUACAAAGCCCUCAAUGAUCUUGCCCCCUCUUAUCUCACUGACCUUCUCCACCGCCAUUCCCCCACUCCGAUCUGCUGACCCACAUCACCAGAACCAAGCUGCUGCUGCUAACCUCUGGAAUUCCCUUCCACAACACAUCAGGAACUCUGACUGGCAUUCCCAUAGCUUUUACUGUACACUCAUUAUUUAAUUACGCUUCUCUUUCCUUUUGUUAUUUUGUUAAGCGUCUCUGUGUGAAUUUCAGUAUUAUUAUUAUUGUUAGAUUGUGCUUUGAAUCAUGUCUGUAUUUAUCAAACGUCUGACUGAACACACCUACAUAGAGAAGGAAUAUUAUUUAUUUCUACAGUACAUUUUAACAUUUUAAGUCAUUUACUUAAUAUAAUUUAUUCUACAGUCAGUUACUGUACUUAUACUACGUACUGUACAUAUUAUAAAUGUUAUAUGUCACAUGGAAAUUAAGAAGAACCAAAUAUAUUUGUCACGUAUAAAUUAAUUGGAAAUUGGAAGAAUGUUUUAAAAAGUAAAAAAUUAUAGCUUUUUUUGGUUUUUCAACACAACAAUAAAUAUGAAAAAAAAAGCUCUCACAUCCAAUCACAAGUCAUGAGAUAAUUCAAGCAAUAAACUUAUUCCCAAACUUUCUUAUUGUCUUACAGAAUAUUUUCAGGAGAUUCAUUUUAAUUGAUGUCAUGUUUUAACAGAAAACCUUAAUAUUUUUCUGCCUGAAAGUGUGUGUGUGAAAAAUGACUACUGCUUGAUAAAUAAUCAGAUAUAGUCUGUGAUGAAACCUCAUGUUGAAAUUAAUUAAAUAAAGGACAGAGAUCAAGA